AUGGAGUCAUUGGAUGGAAUAGAACUCUGCUUUCCACAGCUAAACUCAUCCUGCAAGAAACCUACACAUCCUCGCACUGAAGCCAUGCUCAUUUAUGUUCUUCUUUCCUCCAUUUCUCUGCUCACCGUGGCUCUAAACCUGCUGGUCAUCAUCUCCAUCUCACACUACAGGCAGCUCCACACCCCCACCAACCUCCUCCUUCUCUCUCUGGCUGUAUCAGACCUCCUUGUGGGCCUCGUGCUGAUGCCGGUUGAAAUCAUCUACAUAGAGACCUGCUGGUUUCUUGGUGACAUUCUGUGCACUCUGUAUUAUGUUGUGGACUAUAUCAUUACCUCUGCCUCUGUAGCCAACAUGGUGCUCAUAUCAAUUGACCGCUAUAUAGCUAUUUGUGACCCUCUGCAUUACCCCACCAAAGUCACUAAAAGAAGAGCACAGACAUGUGUUUGUUUGAGUUGGGUUUGUUCUGUUGUCUUUAGGAUUCUCCUUUUACAUGAUCACCUGGAAAAACCAGGAAGAUCUAACUCCUGUUUUGGAGAGUGUGUGGUUGUAAUCAAUUACAUAGCAGGGAUUAUUGACCUUAUUUUCACCUUUAUAAUACCCAUUUCUAUCAUUGUAAUUCUGUAUAUGAGAGUAUUUGUGGUGGCUGUGUCUCAGGCACGUGCCAUGCGGUCUCAUAUUGCAUCUAUAACUGUCCAACGUUCAGGAACAGUAACUGUGAAGAAAACAGAAAUGAAAGCUGCAAGGACUCUUGGUAUUGUCCUAGCUGUAUUUCUGUUGUGUUUCUGUCCGUACUAUUACCCCAGUCUGGUAGGUGAAGAUACAUCAGUCGAUGCUUCAUCUGUACCCUUUGAAAUCUGGUUGGCACAUUUUAACUCGUGUUUGAACCCUGUCAUAUACGCCUUAUUCUACCCCUGGUUCAGAAAAUCUAUUCGACACAUUCUAACACUUAAGGUACUGAGGCGUGGCUCACGUGAUGCUACAAUACUAUGA